UGAGUAUUCAAAAGUUGACUCAAAAUACGACAUCAGAAUAUAAAAGAAUUGAAACAGCAACAGCAAUAGCGAAAAAACUGACAGUCCCGAUAUGGCACCUCCUUCGGAUUGUGCCGCUAAAGGAACGGAACAGGUUAACAGACCUUCAAGUGCAACUGUUGAUCUAUAUAGAAAUGAGCUCCAUGGUGGCCAUAGCCCAAAAAGAAAAGUUGGCCUUCAAAUUGGAAACGAUAACCAAGCAUUUAUAAGUGAUGAAACCAAAGACAAUAAAGCUGUAUUCAAAAAGACACAACCUGUUGUGCCAUUCAGAAAAGAUUCCCCGAGUGCGUCAAUGCGAGAAAAUCAUAGGGAUGAAACAAGCGAUAUAAGUAACGGACAACGGAUAGAUCCAACAUCAAAUAAGGAAGGCAUGCCAGCAAGCAGAGAAACAAAUAUCCACGGCUUAGAACGCGAUCGUAGCUCCCCUAUUAGUCAAGAUGAUACCAUUCCACCAAGAUAUGAGACGAUCAAUGAAACUAAUACUGAACCCAAUCAUGUAAAACAAGAAUCUAUUGAGCUUACUCCUGUUCCCGAACAUGAAGUCAUCAAAGAGUAUGUUGCUAGUGACCCCAGCGGUAUAAAGCCAAUCCAUUACCGACAGAGGUCCUCUGAUAAAGGACAGCAACAAACAAAGGAUUUACAACAAGAGACAAAACUUAGGCUUGAUGUGAGCCGUCGGGGAAGUUCGUCUGGUCUUGAUAGCCCGGAUGUGGACUUCUCCGAAACAAAUCCUUCAAUUUUGAAUCAGUUAACCUUUCCAAAUGGAUCACUACGGUCUAAUCACAAAGGAUCCAUUCGCUCACCAGUGCGACGUAAGAAUCGCGACGGCAGUGACAGAAGCUCUGUUGGCGGAAGUGCGAAAAAUAUUUCCGGCAAGACUAGAGAACGCAAGAGCUCAAUCAAGUUCGAUGACGCAACGAGUCUGUACGAGGACCAUUUCCUCAGCAAACUUAGACGACUGAGCUAUGGGACCAACUUCAAAAAUGACAUAACUUCACUGUAUUCAUGCUUCAGGCCUCUAUUUGCAACCAUGAAAUGCUUAGGGAUUUUCCACACAGUGGAGUUUAAAGGGGAGAAAAAACUGAUCACGCCUUCCACAGUUUAUUCUGUCAUUAUCAUGAUCAUCUUAUGGUUGAACUUCUUCCGUUUCUUUGCUGUAUAUGAAUACACAGAUGUUUUUGGCACUGAAUUGUUCUUCAAAAUCGUUUGCCAUGUCUGGUUUUUUCAAAGUGCAGUCGGCGCUACGGCCAGCUUUCGUGUUUCUCGGGGACUCCCAGAAUUCCUCGGCGCCUGGCACACAUACAUGGAAAACAGAUCCGACCUUGGGUACAAAACCUACCUGGAGCGUUGGUCAUUCAUCUACGUAAUCAUCGCUUGCUUCCUGGCUAUCAUAAACUUAGUUAUAAUAGGACUAUGGAUUUUUACAGAAAGUAUGCAUUCACAAAUCCUCUACGAACCAUUCAUCACUCAAAGAAACAACAUCGACGGCUAUAAUGUUCCUCUCGCAGCGAAAAUUAUCUUCAUGGUGGUCCAGUUCUUCAGCUCAAUGGCGUGGGCAUUUCCAAUCUCCCUUUGUGUGAUGUUCUCUUUAGGGUUACGUCAAGAAUUCAUUCACUUCAGUAAAAAGUUUUCCUUGGCCACCACUGCAUCGAGAGUUUUCGAGGGUAAUAUGGAAUCAUUCCGACACGAGCACUUCAAAAUCUGCAAGAUCACCGAUAAGGCGGACGCCCUGUUCAACGCUUACAUCUUGAUCGUGUACAUCACCAAUAUCCCCCUCGUGUGCUUCUUGCUGUAUACGUUGAUAUAUGAACAGUUUGAUAGGUCAAUCACCAUCGCCAUGGCACUGUACUGGUUGUUUUCUUCGGUUUUGUAUCUCUAUAUGGUUACGGGUGCAGCAGCAAUGCUUAAUGCAUCGGGUUGUUCUCCAGCGGCAGAUAUACACGACAUGAAUUUGACUGAUGACCGUAUGUCGACCGGUAAAAUGAUUCAGAUCAGCGUGUUUCUUAGUAAGGCCACCAGUGGGAAAAUUGGGUUCACGGCUUGGCGACUGUUUUACGUUGACAGAAGUACUUUGGUCUCGGUCGCAGCAUCGAUAUUAGCCUAUAUCAUAAUACUGCUGAAACUCGGAUCUGGCCUGGCCCCAAGGCCGGCCCUGCCAUGCUUCUGCCCAGAAUUCAAAAAUGUAUCGGAUGCAAUCGAGAUAUUUCAGGAAAUUUUAGAUUCCAGACUGAAUGAAACUGCUUUUGCAUUGUACAUCUUGUCUCAGAUUCUAAACGCAACAAACAGUAUACCUACACCUGGUUAUGUGACGUCAUUGUCACGGGCAUUAUCAACCUCUGUGCUCCCAGCAUUACAAACAGACGUUUUCAUCAACCACACUCUGACAGAGGAGAUACUAAAUAAUAGCACCACAGUGUCGCCACUUCUAUUCAAUAUGACAUUUCCAACUCAAGUCUUAGGAAAUACGACAGUGGUUCCGGUGUAUUAAGUGAUACUGAAAUUAGUACAAUGGUGUCAUGGGGUAUGUAAUGACAGCCUAUCAUCCAUUUUAAUCUUUUGUCUUGCAUUGUCCGUCCAUAAUUCUUGUAACAAGUCCCUGUGCCUCAAUGCUCCCUCUGUUAUGCAAUGAAUUAGACGGAAUCAGAAUGGACAGGAUACACGAGUGCAGUACAGUGGCUUGAUGUAAGCCUUUUUCAAACCACCACGAAACGAAUCCGUUUCGGUAACAAAAUGUCGGAACCUCG